GAGUGUUUCAUUGUUUGUCCCAUGUGCAGUGAACGCCUCAGCCUCUCUGUGAGAGCAGCAGCUGAAUGAAGGGAGGAAGUGGCGGUUAAUGCAGCUCCACACCUUUCCGGUGUAGCAGCACUGCGACCAGCUCCACUAAAGGAGAAAGGCGAGAGCUGGGUGGAAUAAUCGAGCCAGGAGGGGGAGAAAGGAGGGGGACCAGAAGUGGAGUUUCAUGAGUGGAUACAUGUGUUGCUGAGUCACCGAGGGGGUUUUUCUGCGUAGAAGUCCCUCCAUCCCGGCGAAGAGACCCGGCGCGACGGUUGAUGGACUAACAGAAAGCGGCUUUUCUCCUCCGGUGGCCGUGAAGAGAACAAGGGCGCACCCGAUGAGGAGGACCUCCUCACCAGACACAAACACCAGGAGGAAUUCACAAGCACCGCGGCUUCUUCUGGGCCUUAAACGCACACACAGGGUCGGGUCGGUUCUGUGCAGCUUCUAAUCGCCACUGCUGCUUACAACGUUGAUUUGGGGUAACACAAUGAACGUCCUGCAACAGCUGCUGCACAACUUCUUAGUGUAACCGUGCCAUGUUGUGUACAGGCCCCGCACACAUUGUGGUACUCUGAGCAUUUAUGCCCCUGCACUUCACAGGACGCACAGACUUUCAGGUCACAAGUCCAUAAGUAGUGUUUGUUAGGUUUAACAUGAGUGAGAAUUUUUGACAUUUUCUUCACUGAGACAUGUUGUCACAACUAAGCCCAUAGGCAGAAGUUCUAGUACUCAUCAGCACAGUAUCUGACACUUUUCUCUGUAGGAACAACGUAUUUAUGCACAAUAGUUCAAAAUGGGGAAAAUGCUCUCAAAAAUAUUCGGCAACAAGGAGAUGAGAAUAUUGAUGCUUGGACUUGAUGCUGCUGGAAAGACAACAAUCCUUUACAAACUGAAACUGGGACAGUCUGUCACCACAAUCCCCACAGUUGGCUUCAAUGUGGAGACUGUCACCUACAAAAAUGUCAAGUUCAACGUCUGGGAUGUCGGAGGUCAAGAUAAGAUUCGUCCUCUGUGGCGACACUACUACACAGGCACCCAGGGGUUGAUUUUCGUGGUGGAUUGCGCCGACAGAGAUCGCAUCGACGAAGCCAGACAGGAACUUCACCGCAUUAUCAACGACCGAGAGAUGAGAGAUGCCAUCAUCUUGAUAUUCGCCAAUAAGCAAGACCUUCCAGAUGCCAUGAAGCCACAUGAAAUCCAAGAGAAGCUGGGAUUGACCCGCAUCAGAGAUAGGAAUUGGUAUGUUCAGCCCUCCUGUGCGACUUCAGGUGAUGGACUGUAUGAGGGCUUGACAUGGCUAACCUCAAAUUACAAAUCUUAAUGAUUGAGUGCAGACUGUUUUAGGUCAAACUAUAACAACGUUGCAAGUAACAAAUAACUUCUCAAAAUGAGUAUGGUUAAGAAAAAAGUUGAUUUAUCUCCCAUUUAUUUUUUAAUACUACGUUUACCCCAUGACUAAUUUAUCUUAAACUGGGUUUGCUGGCUUCGACUUUGCUUGUACUCUGUAGCAGGCCUUUAUCACAUUCAUUAUUCUGGGGCUUGCUUGAUGAAUAUUGAAUUAAUUGGUCCUUAUGUUAAAGCCACAGAGAUCACCACCUUUGCCUAUUCUUUUCCCUGUUUUAUAUAAUUUUUCUAAUGCAGCUGAAAUUUUUAUCUUCAUUCUUGGAUUAAAGCUUGUUUCAAGGCUCUUCAGACUCUUGCAUUCAACUUGGACCUUUUUUUCUUUUAUUCUAAGACAUUUGAUUUCAUGUAGCGAAGGAGAAGGACUUUGAGAUUUGUUUUAACACAGUUCUGUGAUGAAAAGUAUUUCUUCUCUCAGCGGUAUUGACCAUUUUCAUUGUCAUCGGUCUUGACAUCAGAGAAAAAAAUCAUCCGACAUGUUAUGUUAACCCUGUCAAAUCCCCUGAUGUGGGUUCUAUAUUUUACUAAUUGACCUAUUGUGUCAUGUCUUGAUGCAUAAGUGUGCCGAGUAUUCAAAGGACAGGCCUCCAGUAAGUCUGAAAACAUGCUUGUGGGGAUGCAUUUUUAACUUUUUGGGGUUACACACAAGUCAGUCAACUCAAUCUUUCCAAAGGAAUGUCAUUCAGCUCUGAGCUCUCUCAAUCUGAAACCACAGUUGAUUAGUCUCAGUAUUGGGACAUUAUAUGAUAGCCUAUAUCUGUAGCAUGAGUACGAAAGUACAGUAACCCUACAUCAGAGUCCAUCUGUCAUGCAGUCAGAGGGAGCUGUUAACCAGAGAAAUGUUGAAGACACCCCGAGGUGCAGCUCUUACUCCUAUUUUGACUGGGGGGAACCAUGUACAGAACAGUGUCAUUGUAAUGUCUUAUUAAAAAAGUGAUUUUAAA